AUGCGCAAUGCAGGUGUUCAAGUUGACACAAAUAUGCAGAAGAUAAGCUUACAGGACACAGUUCUAGUCAACGAGAUGAAGGGGCGGGUGAAAUUCAUUGGGGAAACUCAAUUUGCAAAAGGCAUAUGGUACGGCAUUGAACUAGAUAAACCGUUAGGAAAGAAUGAUGGAAGCGCUAACGGUAUUCGUUACUUUGAUAUCGACCUGAAGAAAGCUAAUUCAAAUGGUGGUUAUUAUGGUCUUUUCUGCAAGAAAGAUACGUUGCAGUUUUAUAAACCAGAUGACGAUGAGCAUAGUUUGCUAAAUGGUAAUGCAGCGCAAGAAACAAUUAAGAAUCUACAAGUAAAAUGUGAAUCAUUGGCGUCCAAAUUAAAUAAAAUUAAAAUAGAAAAUCAUGAGCUGAAAACUUCCGUUGAAAAGCUGAGUACUAAUGAAACUGUUCUAUUGUCUAAAAUCUCAAGAUUGGAUAAACUAGUCAAAGAACUGAAAGUGGAAAAUGGUAAUAUGAAAACUCAUUUGGAUAAUUUCAAUCACCUAUUAGAUGCUUCAGAUAGUGUAAUGGCACCGGAUCUCGACAAAGGCACACUGUUAGAAAGGAGCCAUCUUCUUCAGGGACUACUCGACCAAACAAAGUUGUCAUAUGAUAAAGCUAUGAAGGUGCAAGAGGACCUGCUCGAGGAGAAUACUCAGUUAUUAGAAGAAAAUGCAGUAUUAUCUAAAAAAAUAUCGGAUUUAGGUCUGCAAUUGCAACAGACUAAUAAUACAAUCGGCGACCUUGCCUUGCAGAUUGAAGCUCAAAGUAAAUCAUCUAAUAUUGUUGAUAAAUUGACUAAUGAUAAUAUCCUACUCACAAGUAAUAUAAAGGCUUUAAACAAUGAGUUGGAGGAACUACAGGCAAAAGAAAAAUUGGAUGAAAAUUUAAGAAUUACCUAUGAGCAACUCGAGCAAGAACUGAGACUGCAAUUAAGUAAUUUGCAAUCUGCAUUGGAAAAUGAAAAGGAGAUAGCAGGCACAUAUAUCGAAGAAAAUUCAAGAUUAAAAGCAACAUUGGAAUCUAUUGAAGCCAAAACAUCUCACAAAUUUCAAAGUCUUGAACUAAAAGUGAACACUUUACAGGAGGAAUUAUAUCAAAAUAAAUUGCUAAAGAAAUUUUACCAAAUAUAUGAGCCAUUUGCACAACCACAUUUGGCGGCUCUUUCCUCUCAAUUGCAAUAUUUAGCCGAAGUAAUCGAAAGUGAAAAUUUUGGAAAGUUGGAGAAUAUUGAAAUCCAUAUAAUUCUAAAAGUGUUGAGCUCUAUCAGUUAUGCGCUUCAUAUUUACACCAUAAAGAAUACUCCCGAUCACCUGGAAACGACAUUACAAUGUUUCAAAGUAAAUAUUGCUCCGAUUUCGAUGUGGCUAAGCGAGUUUUUGCAAAGGAAGUUUUCUUCUAAACAGGAAACCGCCUUUUCCAUUUGUCAGUUUUUAGAAGAUAAUAAGUUUCUAGAUAAGGAUGUGACCUUGAUACUAAAAAUACUUCAUCCGAUAUUGGAAACAACUGUUCCGAAGCUGUUGGCUUUUCUUAGAACGAACAGCAAUUUCAAUGACAAUGAUACCCUAUGUCUUAUUGGUUCCCUUUACGAGAGAUCACUUUCACUUAUUGCCAGAAUAGAUAAACUUAUCGGAAAGGAAGAAAUUUCGAAACAAGACAAUAGGUUAUUUUUAUAUCCUUCCUGUGAUAUAACCCUGUCCUCUAUCUUAACGAUACUUUUUUCAGAUGCACUGUUUUUGCGACAAGAUUACAAACGUAUUUCUUCUUUGAAAAAACUAGAGGUAUUUUUUCAAGGAAUAGAAAGUCUCUUAGAAAACAUAACUAUAUUUCCUGAGCAACCCAGUCAACAAACAAGUGAUUCAGAAAGUCAAUGUAAUAUUAAGGAGGGCAAUUUUUCAAACUCGUUAUUAAGCGAUCGCUUGAAUGAAGAGAACAUUCGACUCAAAGAAGUACUGGUCCAAAAGGAAAAUAUGCUAACUGAAUUGGAAACAAAAAUUAAAAUUAUUAUUGGGAGGGAUUUAGAGAGGAAAACCCUUGAAGAGAAUAUCAAAACACUCAAAGUAGAGUUAAAUAACAAAAAUGAGGAAAAUUGUGGCAAAACAGAAAUUCUUAACAAGCUGAAAGAAGAAAAUUUCAACCUAGUAAACCGUUUGAAGAAUAUGGAGCUCAAACUAUAUCAAAUAAAGGAUAAUAAUACGUUGAACAAAAUUUAUUUAGACAGAGAGAAAGUAGAUAGAGUAAAUUUAGUUUCGGAAAUCAUGGAAUUGAGAGAAACCAUAAGACGACAAAUAAAAGAGCAGAAACGAGUGAGCAUCGAUUUCAGCUGGUUAGACGAGCUUCCAGCUGUGGAAAAUAAGCAACCAUUCAAAGAACAUAUCAACCACAGUUUGGACACCUUGGGGAUAGAAAUGUUCAACUUCGUGAGUACCUCACGGAUUUUAGAUUUAAAGCUUGAUCAACCUUUGGCAGAAGAUGAACUCUGGCAUGAAAGAGAUCAUUCUUACAUUUCGUAUUUAAAGCGCAAGAGGAAAAAUAUACGACUCAAAUCUCAAAAUGUUGUUACAUAUUACAAAUGA